UCAAUUCUUAUUUGUUAAAUUUAAUUAAUAAUAUUGCUUGUAAUCUGUUGCCAAAAAUUUAUGGAAUAGAUAUAGCGUACAGUGCAAGGCUAGACUUGGCAAAAGUAAGUGAACAAAGAGUCAGUAAUCAAUGCUAAAUCAAUGUCUUUGGGAUUACUAAGGAUACAGGCAGGUGAGUUUUUAUUGUUAUUAUUAUUAUUAUUUUUAUCUUGGUUGGAGCUAAACUCUGCAGGACUGACAUUGCCAAUCCCUCACAAAAAUAAUAAUAUAAAAAAACUGCAUGUAUACCUUUAAUGCUCUAAAAAGCAUCGAAGAGUACUGUAUUCGUGGCAAUCUCAUUUGGUUUUAAUAAUGAUGGACGUGCUGUUUACUCAUGUGCUCCGCUUGCAUUAAUACCUGCGUUUAUCUUUCCUGCAAAUUUGAAUUCGUGUUUGCAAGCAAAGAAAGAGCAGGUCUGACGUCAGACCUCGACUCACAUAGCAGCAGACUGGUCCCUAAACACCCGCCCACACACUCACCCGAAACACAAAGCAGUCCCUUUUCUCCGUCAUAACCUAUCGAGAAACUGAUGCGAAGCGCAUGCAUGUCAAAGAAACGGGAAAUUGAACGCACUUGAGGGCAAUCGUGCAGGCGCUCAGUUGUCGGUCCAUGUACGCACGGAUGGAGCACACACAUUACACAGACGUCGUCGGGCGGAUUUGAAAGGCAUCGGCCGAAAUGCACCGUGGCUGUUGCCAAGCGCCGAUCUAUAGUGAUACCGGCCGGAUUUUAUCAUGGCUUUCAGACGGUCAGCUCGGAGAAUGCGGUGGCUGGGAUGUUAUCGGCUGGGGCCCAUAUGGAAAGCACUCCUGGUAUUUGUUGUCAUCGCAUUUGCAGGGCAACUACUGGGAGUUAUCUUCAACAAGAGAAUAUCUCUGAAUUCAUUAUGAGCUGGAUGCAGCCAGAGAGGCCUCACUCUCUCUACUCUCUUCCCUCUGAGAAUUCCCAAGGGGCCUCUCUGGGGUCUUGUCAACCCCACAUCCACAUCAUGUUCCUGAAGACUCACAAAACAGCAAGCAGCACCGUUCUCAAUUUGCUCUAUCGCUUUGGAGAGGAGCGGGGCCUUAAAUUUGCCCUGCCUGUGGGGUACCAAUUUGGCUACCCGCUGCCCUUUAUCGCCCAGAGGGUGAAAGGAUACAGAGGCCCUCACGUGGCAGAAUUUGACAUUAUGGGAAAUCACAUGCGUUUCAACAAACCAGAGGUUGAAAAGGUCAUGCCAGCAGACACCUUCUAUUUCUCCAUCCUUCGAGACCCUGUGGCGCUAGCUGAAUCUUCUUAUGCCUAUUAUAAAAACGUUGCCCCUGCCUUCAGGCGUGCCAAAGGACUGGGUGAUUUUGCAGACAACCCCUAUAAGUACUACGACCCCAGACUCCGAAACAACCAUUAUGCCCGCAACCUGAUGUGGUUUGACUUUGGUCUGGACCAUACCUCCAACUUCAGCCUAGCUCUGGCCAAGCGCGGUGUGGCAGCAGUGCGUCGGAAUUUCAAGCUCAUUCUUCUCUCAGAGUAUUUUGACCAAUCUAUGGUGCUGCUGCGCCAUGCUCUGUGCUGGCCGUUAGAUGCUGUGGUUUCUUUUAGCCUAAACGCCAGGCAGCAAGUGUCCAGUGUAAGGUCAGGAUGGGUGGGCAAAGCUGCAGCUCCAGCCCCUUUGGCUUUAACGGACAAGCAAAGAUCAAAAUUACGUGAGUGGAAUGCGCUAGACUGGCACCUUUACCAAGCUUUUAAUCUGACUUUUUGGCAGGAAGUAGAGCGCUUUGGGCGUAGUCGAAUGGAGACUGAGGUGGCCUUGCUUAGGACCAAACGGGAGGUUCUCACUCGCGUUUGCUUACGCGACGGCGGCCGCCCCAUAGAAGCCAGUCGUAUCCGAGACAAGACCAUCCGCCCUUUCCAGAGUGGAUUAGUGAAGAUCUUGGGUUAUGAGUUGCAGUCGGGACUGAACAACGCUACAUGGGAAGCUUGUCUACGCAUGAUCAGGCCUGAGAUUCAGUACAAAGACUUGCUGGAUCUUCGGCAAUUCCCGCAUGCCCAGCAACCCCCAGCCGCUGGAGGGCUUCCAAUAAGGAGGGAGUCCUCGAAACUCAGGACUGAAGACCAUGGGGGAAAGAGGCUUGUGGAAAGGGACUGGGAUGGGACCAUUCUGUUUCGGAAUCAAUCGUUAGAUCAUCAGGUUGAUUCAAAAGUAAGAUUUAGAUAGUGAGCUAGUUGCACCUUUUUGCCUCAAGGUCAGUAGUUCUGACCCAUUUUGGCUCCAUGGGCCUCUGUGCUGCACUACUAGAGGAGAAGGGAUAUCCAAGACAUACAACACACCACUUUGUCAUCGGCUCUUCCUCCUCAUCUUGCCCUUCUACACGCUAUUUUAUACAAUGCUAAGUGUCAGAGUGAAGAAGAGGUACAUUGCAGUGGCUGGUGUGAUAUAAUGGUGCAAACAUGCAGGAUGGUGUCUAAGUGCAAAAAGCUUGCUGUUGGUGAGUUUGACAUUGAGAAGAAGUGAGAAAAUGCUGCUUCUCUGUCCAUGACGAGCCAUGGUGUGGUACGAAAAUGCAACUUGGCAGUAUACAUGUCAUGAAAGUGGUUGCAGUGUAGGGAUGGGCGAUAUGGUGUUAAAUGUAUCACAAUAUUUUCUUGUAUUUAUUGCGAUGUUAAUGACGAUAUAAACAUAGUACCAUUCACCAAAUAAAAAAUCCAAACACCAGCCCUUGCAGAAAUGAAAAUGUUGCAGAUUUACUUUAAAUUUACAAAUUUACUUUAAGUUUACAUUUAGCACACCAAUUCUGUGUGGUAUGACUCCCUCGUUCUCUCUUUUAGUGUGUGAGAAACACCUAUCACUCUCAGCAGAGCGGCUGCGAGGGUUAUCAAGGAGAGAAUUUUGACCGGUAUAUCGCAAACGAUAAGAUAUCGCCUAUCCCUAUUACAGUGUUUCAAACACACUGUUAAAACCCACUUUUGAACAGAUAAAGUAUCUUUGGUACAUUAGCAUUUAAAAGUUUGGGGUCAGUGUUUUUUUUUUUUGUUUUUAAGAAAUUAAUACUUUAUUCAACAGGGAUGCAUUAAAUUGAUCAGAAGUGAUAAUAGAGCCAUUUAUAAUGUUACAAAAUAUUUUUAUUUCAAAUAAAUGCUGUUCUUUUUUUAACUUUUCAUCGAAGAAUACUAAAAAAAACACAAAAAUAUUUGUUAAAAUAAAUAACAGUAAUGAUUUUUGAAGGAUCAUGUGACACUGAAGACUGUAAUGAUGCUGAAAAUUCAGCUUUGCCAUCACAGGAAUAAAUUACUUUUAAAAUAUAUUAAAAUAGAAAACAGAAUAUCAUAAUAAUAUUUCACAAUAUUACUGUUUUUACUGGUUUUUUGAUCAAAUAAAUGGUUAACAUAAGAGACUUCUUUAAAAAAAAAAAAAAAAAAGGAAAAAAAGAUCCCAAACUUUUAAAAGUGCUAGUGAACAUCUAGUAUCACUACCAACUAAAAGGCUUUUUGCAUCCAGUGAAAUAGCAAUUUGAUAUUGGAAAUGCAUUUGAAUUUGUUUUAAAAAAACAUGGAAAUCCAUUUGCUAUAUGAAGAAAUUCCACAAAUGUGGAUUCACAGACCCCUCAUUGUCUGGCACGCAUGAUUCAAACAGUGGUACUGUUCAGAGUGGCUGGAAUUUCAUUUUUUAUCCAUUUAUAAGGGUAAUUAUUCAACAAGAAUCCUGACAGCAUUUUCUAAUUGAAUACGUUGCAAACGUUUGUUUUAUAUGCCUCGCAUUCAGUUUUAAAAACUGGGAACUGAGAGAAGCCACAAAAGCAGACUUGCAAUAGUUUGAUUUUCCGUGAAACAGUAUAAGCUAUCAUGACUUCCCUGGGUCUGUGAGAACAACAUCUCCAGUUUUUAACACUGUGAAAUAAUAUGACCAUUCAUGAAGGGCAAAAUGGGCUGUAGAUUUGUAUUUAUCAACCCCAUUGAUUGGCCAAUGCACUUCCUGUAACAGUCUGUUUACCUCUUGAUGUUUGCUAGAAUUUGAUAUUUUCAGCAUUUUUAUUUUGAUGUUUUGAGUAAAAAAAGAUGGUGAAUGUUUAUUAGCAUGGUAAAGGCGGUCAUUUCUGAGGCCUGUCAUAGACACUUUAUUGACCAGAAAAAAACUCCACCUGAAAUUCCAAAACUCAAUGGUUAUUUUGCCUUACAGUUAGUACCUUUGUGAAGCAGUGCUUUAAUAUCAAAGCUUGCUGUAUUUAUUAUGCUUUUGUAUAAAUUUCUCUGUGUAUCUACUGCAUUUAUACUCUAAAACUAAAAAGUUUUUCCUGUUAUUGUGAGUGCUGAGAAAACGUAGUGUAGAAAUUUGACUGGAAUGCACUGUGCAAAUUGCCCCAUGUAUAAAUACAGCCAGCUUUAUGCAAAUUUCAAUCCGCAGAGAAAGACGAUAUCUUACAUUACAAAUUAAUUUAUUUCCUCUGUUCUAAUUCAGAUGUUGUUGAAAUGAAGAAAACACUAGGUAUGCUCAUUCAUGUGUCAUUUAUUGUAUAGUUAGGAUUUAUAUGCAUGACUAUAAUUAGCAAUCAUUUCCUUGUGUAAUUGAUAAACAACUGCAUAUUUUGACUUGCAUUUUAAUACCCCAUUCCAUUUUAGUUUGAAUUGUACUACUGCCAGUUAAUUAACUGUCUUUAUCACUGAAUUUUCCAUCCACGGUAGCUCCCGUGUUUGCAGAUCAUUUAAUGGAGCUAAAUUCAAAAAUAAUUAAAUGAUUUAAAAUUCAAAUCCUAGAAAAAAAAAGAUUUUUGUUCAGUAAACAUGGAGUGAAAGAAGAUGCAUUUAACUGAUUAUAUUUUACAAAAAAAAAAAAAAAAAGACUUGAUUUGUAAGUGUUCCAAGACAUAAAGAUCCAUUUUGAUAAUACCCUUUUCUCUUUAAAAACUCUGAAAAGAAAAUAUUAUGCUACUGCUGUAAAACAUUUUGAAGAAAUUCACCCUAAAUUGAAUUUAAGCAUUGAUUUCCUGUUCAGCUUGAGAUAUAUAAUAGCUUUUACGUUCAUUCACCUCAUUUUAGUGAAUACUCUGUAAUAAGACUUAAAGUCUGGCAAUAUUGUGCUGUAAUACCUGCGUUUCAUACUAAUCAGUAGGUUCAGCAUCUUCAUGACUCUUUAGGUAGAUUAUCUGUGGUACUGCAAUUUAAAGAUAAACCAAAGAGAUACUGAUGUUUCUGUGCUUGGAAUCUUGAUAUGAAAAAAAUUGGCGCGCAAUUUUUCAUUAUAUUCAUUGACUGGAAAAUUAAUUCAGAAGGCGUGCAAGGGGGCAGAUGCAGCCUACCUUCUGUGUUUUUGCAGAUUUGAUCCAGCUGACAUCAACUAUCAUCUCAUAAGAGAAGAAAAAGACGCAGGCAGAAAGUUAAUUAAAAAGUGUGCUUUCCAAACGAGAAAAAUGCUACACUGCUCUUACAACACAACCUAUAAAUCAGUACGAGUCAUUCGGAACAGUCAUUGUCUGUUCUGCACUUUUGAGGCCAUAAUGCGAUUCACAUGAUGUUUCUGGUUGGGUUUCUCUUUGACUGAGAUUUUUCAAAUCUGUUUACCAUAUUUAUUAUUUUUCUUUGUUACUUGAAUAUAUGGGGAAACCUCUGUAAAUAUUUGAGUGUGAUCAAACCUGAUUUAGGUUACUUGUAUGUAGUAAAAUAAAACAACUGAAACUUUUA